AUGAGUACCAAUGAUCGAAUCCCAUCCAAUUUACCGAUUCUUGAUUCGAAGAAUUACGACAAGUGGUCUAAGCAAAUGAAGGUCUUGUUUGGAUAUCAAGAAGUUCUCGAUAUCGUCAACAAUGGAGUCACACCUCUUGGGGCUGAACCUACAGCUGCACAUCAAGCCACUUUCAGGGAAGAGAAGAAGAAAGAUUACAAAGCUCUCUUCUUGAUACACUCUUGCGUCGAUGGUGAUAACUUCGAAAAGGUCGGUGAUUGCGAGUCCGCGAGGCAAGCUUGGUUAAUUCUUGAGAAAGCAUAUGCUGGGGCUGCGAAGGCGAAGGUUGUGAGAUUCGACAACAUUGUGGUUGCUAUUGAAGAGUCCAAGGACCUUACGUCGCUGAGCAAGGAUGAGCUUCAAAGUUCCCUAGAAGCACAUGAACAAAGAAUGGACGAGAGAGGAAGCGAUAAAGCAAAGGCGGAAUUAGCUUUGCAAGCUCGUUUCAAUGAAAGGAGUAAAGGUUCGAAAGGGAAAUGGCCUUCGAAAGGGAAGCAAGGCGAUGGUGAACCUAAACAUUCGAAGGGACAAAAGGGUGAGAGCAGCAGCUCAAACGGUUAUGGUGAUCGAAGCAACGCGAGAGGUGGAAAACCAAGAGACAUGAGCAAGGUACAAUGCUGGAAAUGCAGGAAACUUGGGCAUUUUCAAGCAAAGUGUGGUGCUAAACAGCUUGAAACUAAAGGGGAUGAAGCCAAGGUUGCUAGGCAAGAGGUGGAUGAUGAAGCCACACUCUUAAUGAUGAUUACCGAUGAGUGCGAAGGCAUGACAGAGGUGCUGGACAGCAGCUGCAAGUCACGGGACAGCAGCUGCAGCAGUGCAGAAAAAGCGACAGUUUUGAGUUCGGAACAAAAUGUGAUGAUUUCGGUUCGUGAUGGAACUCAAGGUUACAAUAUACGGUUGGAAGAUAAGAUCUUGCGAGUUGUUGAUGCUAGUGGAGUGUUGAUCCUAAAGGCUCCCAUGGCUACCAAUAGGACUUUCAAAGUGGAGCUGAAAGUGUUGGAGCAUAGGUGCUUAGCUACAGCUGCAAGUAGAGAGGAGUGGUUAUGGCAUUAUCGUCUCGGUCACUUGAAUCUUCGUGAUCUCAAAGCGUUGCAACAAGAGGGUAUGGUUACCGGGCUGCCACACAUUAACGUUCCAGCUGAGUUGUGUGAGGAAUGUAGAAAGGAUGAGGUGUUUGAUGUAUUCAAAAGGUUUAAGUCCAUGGCGGAGAGGCAAUGCGGUCGCAAGUUGAAAGUUCUCAAAACGGACGGUGGAGGUGAGUAUACCUCGGUUGCGUUUGGGAAGUAUUGUGAUGAUGAGGGUAUAGUGCGUGAGGUUGUGCCACCCUAUACGCCGCAGCAAAAUGGUAUUGCCGAGAGGAAAAAUCGUUCAAUUAUGAACAUGGUUCGAAGCAUGUUAAGCGGUAAAAGUCUACCGAAGGAACUAUGGGGAGAAGCGGUCUCUACAGCCACAUACUUAUUGAAUCGUUGUCCUACAAAGAAGCUUGAAAAGCUUACACCGGAAGAGGCUUGGUGUGGAUUCAAACCGAAUCUAAGUCAUUUGCGUGUAUUCGGUUCGGUGGCUUAUAAACAUGUGCCGGGACAAUUGAGAAAGAAGUUGGACGAUAAAGGAGAAGAGAUGAUAUUCGUUGGAUAUCACUCUACAGGCGUCAGUCCCGAAACAGUUCCGCAGCCUCCGAAUGAUGUUCAAACUGAAGGACACCGUAGAAGAUCAACAAGGCAAAGAGUGUUGCCUUCUAGACUCCAAGAAUGUGAGAGAUUCCAAGAUAACGAAGUUAAUAAUGAAGGUGAUUUCGUUCAUUUUGCGCUUAUGGCCGAAUCCGAACCGGUGAAUACGGAGGAGGCUCUAAGGGAUCCAAAAUGGAUUUGUGCAAUGAAAGAGGAGCUGGAAUCAAUCGAGAAAAACGGUACUUGGGAGUUAGUUGAUCUACCUCAUGGUAAGAAGCCAAUUGGUGUCCGUUGGGUCUUUAAAGUGAAAGCAAAUCCGAAGGGCGAGAUAAUCAAGUAUAAGGCUCGAUUAGUAGCGAAAGGGUUUUUGCAACGUGAAGGAAUAGACUUUGAGGAGGAGCUUAAUAGUAGUGAGGGUGAGACUAUUACUCUCCUUGUCGACAAUGUCUCCGCGAUCAACCUUGCGAAGAAUCCAAUUGCACAUGGAAGAAGCAAGCACAUAGAGAUGCGGUUUCAUUACUUGAGGGAGUUAGUGAGCGAUGGAAAGUUACGAUUGGGGUAUUGUCGAAGCGAAGAUCAAGUAGCUGACUUAUUGACCAAGGGUGUGACCAAUGAGGUGUUCAAGAGGCUGAGAAGGAAGCUGAGCAUGGUGGACUUGGACCAACUGAAGUGA